UUGUUGUUUUUCUUCACAGGAAGAACGGUGCUGCAUUAUUUUGCAUGAUGCCUGAGGACUUCAUCUUCCGUCAGCUCUUUGACUCAGAGAGCUGCACAUACACGUACUUGAUAGCAGAUGGCGCCAGUGGGCAAGCGGUGAUAAUCGAUCCAGUCAUACAGAAAGUUGACCGGGAUUUGCAGCUGGUCGCUGACCUGGGAUUGACCUUGAUUUACGCUGCCAAUACCCACGUUCAUGCUGACCACAUCACGGGUUCGGGUAAAAUGAAGACCAGGUUGCCUGGGUUGAAAAGUGUCCUCUCUGAAGCCAGUGGAGGAGACGCUGAUUUGUUUCUAAAUCACGGAGACGUUUUGAACGUUGGGAGCUUUGAAAUUGAGGUUCGAGCGACACCUGGUCAUACGAACGGUUGCGUGACUUACGUGGUCCACCAGCAGCGUCUGGCACUCACUGGUGAUGCCCUGCUGGUGAGAGGCUGUGGAAGAACGGACUUCCAGCAAGGGAACAGUGCCAGGCUUUACCAGUCUGUCCAUGAGCAGAUUUUCUCGCUGCCUGAUGAUUUUAAGCUGUUUCCCGCUCAUGACUACAAAGGGUUCACAGUUACUACGGUGAAAGAGGAAAAAACGUUGAAUCCGAGAUUGUCCAAGUCUGAGGAAGAGUUUGUUGCAAUCAUGGCUGGCCUUAAUUUACCCUAUCCUAAAAUGAUUGAUGCUGCUCUUCCUGCCAACUUGAAGUGUGGCCUGCAAAAUCUUCCGGAAGAGUUGGAAUUUGACGAGUGAUUGAUGGAAUAUUUCAAUCGGAUUUUAUUUCUUUCGAAUUCGAGGCAGAACUCCUUUCUAGGAACGAUUUUUCUGCAACAAAACACUUUCUUGGGUUUGGGUUUUUGUCACCCUCUCACGUAUUCAAAAAUGUAUGUAGAAAACUGAUGCCCUAUAAAGCUCGUGUUUUCGUCUCUCAAAAAAGUGCUUUACAUUCCCAUGUCAAUUUUUCUGCGUGUGACAAAUAAAUGCGCGAAAACGAACAUAA